AUGCAAAAGUCAAAGUAGAUUUUCUCUACGACGCCUCCGCUCAAAACAGUGACUGCUCCGCCUCUCCGCCGCCGCGCCGGCGCGGAUUUCCGAUGGACCCGUUAACUCUCCUCCGCGACUACACGAUUGGUAAUCUUCUCGACAAAAUCGUUCGAGUGAAGGAUGAAUUUCGCUUCGGCGCCGACUAUUCCUUCCCCGCCGCGGUGGAGACAGCGUAUCGUUCGAAGAACGUGCAGCAGACGCGCCGCUACUCGCUGGAAACCUUGGUUCACUUCAUCACGAAUCAGCACCUCAAGCACACGGAGUACAUUCAAGACGCCCGUGCUCGCCGCAUCCCCGCGGUGACUCUCCCCGAUCGAAAGCCUCUGCUCGAUUACCUAACCGGGAAGGUCCAAUCCUCCGAUUCGAUUGUUCCGGUGGAUUUCCAUAGUUCUCAGGUGACAAAUUUAGAUUUGAAUGUAAAGCAAGACGCGAGUGACGGUACAGGUUUGGAGAGUGUGGAUAACCUAACUGAGCUCAUUAGGGUUAGGGAGAGGCCGAUUAAGGAUAGGGAGGCAAUGCUGGUGUCGAAGAAGAGGGAUUUUUACAGUGCUUUGACAGCAGCUACAAAGAGGGAUGAGGAGAGGCAGAGAACAGAAGCCUUGCAGAGGAAAGACAACAUAGUGGCUAAGAAUCGAAUCGAAAGCAGAGGAUUUGGUGGUGAGGAGGCCACCAAAAUGCGGAAAAUUGGGGAAGGUGUGCCUAUUAUAUUGGUUCCGAGUGCAUUGUCUACUCUGAUAACAAUGUACAAUGUGAAGGAGUUUUUGGAGGAUGGUGUGUUUAUUCCAACAGAGGAGAAGAUGAAGCAGAUGAAAGGGGGGAAGCCUGAGUGUGUGACUGUGCAGAAGAAGUUUAGUCGGGACCGUGUGGUGACGGCUUAUGAGGUGAGAGACAAGCCAUCUUCACUGAAAAGGGAUGAUUGGGAUCGUGUCGUUGCAGUGUUUGUUCUUGGGAAGGAUUGGCAGUUCAAGGAUUGGCCCUUUAAAGAUCAUCUUGAAAUCUUUAAUAAAGUUGUUGGAUUUUAUGUCCGUUUCGAGGAUGCCAGCUUGGAAUCUGCAAAAACUGUGAUGCAGUGGAAUGUCAAGAUAAUUUCAAUCAGCAAACAUAAGCGACACCAGGACCGAGCAGCUGCUCUUGAGGUGUGGGAUAAGCUAGAGCAAUUUAUGCGGUCCAGAUCUAGUUAGGGUGGAUUGAACAGUAGUAUGGUGCCCGUAGGUGCGGAACAUGGAACUAGAAGUCAGUGAAGAUGGUUAAUAACUUGAUCGACAUGGAUGGUUUUUCUCAAGCAUUUGUGAAAAGCCGUUUGCAGCAAAAGGUGUUCAGUUUGUAGAUUGACCAUCUUACCGUAGUUAUUUCUCAUUGGAGUUAACAAUAUUACACUAAUCUCUGGAGAUGGGCAUGCUUGCCGUGCUCUUUAAGCCUUUUAGGAAAUGAUAUUAAAUGAUUUGUUAGGGGUUUGACUUUUUAGUGUAUUUGCCAUGGUUAACUCUGGUGCGAUGUUGACUCCCUAUAAAGAUUGGCUAUUAAUUUCA